AUGUCGUGCCCGUGGCACUUUGUGUUCAAACCUCGUGCUGCGAGGAACCGGCCCUCUGAAGAAAAGGAUGUCAAUAAUAAUGUGGAGAAAAAUAGGAAGAUCCAUAGCUUAGAAAAUGAUGAUGCCAAGUUACACCAUGUGAGCAGGAAGCAGACAGAGAUGCCGCCUGUUGUAACUCCAGCCCAGGCCAGCGAUGGCAGAGAGAACCCUCCUCAAAAUGGUAUCAAAGCUUCAAACCAAAUAUCAAGAUGCCCAAAACAUGUAGAAAUAAGAAACUUGCAAAACGGAUCCAGCUUGCUUGACACACUACACCUGACAGCAAAGGAGGUUAUCAACUGUCGGACCAAAGCCUGCCAAGGGGCUCUCAUGACCCCAAAGAACCUGGUGAAAGGUCCCAGAGAUGGGCCGGUUCCACCGGCAGAGCUUUUACCUCAGGCGAUAGACUUCAUUAGGCAAUACUACAGCUCAUUCAAAGAGCCAAAAAUAGAAGAACACCUGGUCCGACUGGAAACCGUGACCAAGGAGAUCGAAACAACAGGAACCUACCGGCUGACAAAGGACGAACUGAUCUUUGCUGCCAAGCAGGCCUGGAGGAACGCGCCUCGGUGCAUCGGGAGAAUCCAGUGGUCCAACCUGCAGGUAUUUGAUGCACGUGAUUGUGAAACAGCGAAGGAAAUGUUUGAGCAUAUCUGCCAUCAUAUCCAGUAUGCCACGAACAAUGGAAAUAUAAGAUCAGCCAUCACUGUCUUCCCCCAGAGGACUGAUGGGAAACACGAUUUUCGUAUUUGGAACAGCCAGCUCAUCCGAUACGCUGGCUAUCAAAUGCCAGAUGGGUCUAUCGUAGGAGACCCUGCCAGCGUGGAGUUCACACAGUUGUGCAUUGAUCUUGGGUGGAAGCCAAAGUAUGGCCGCUUUGAUGUAGUUCCACUCGUUCUCCAAGCAAACGGCCAAGACCCAGAAAUAUUUGAAUUCCCGCCAGGAAUUGUCCUCGAAGUGCCAUUGGAGCAUCCAAAGUACGAGUGGUUUAAGGAGCUAGAUCUGAAGUGGUACGCGCUGCCCGCCGUCGCCAAUAUGCUUCUCGAGGUGGGAGGCCUGGAAUUCACUGGGUGUCCCUUCAACGGCUGGUACAUGGGGACAGAGAUAGGAGUGCGAGACUUGUGCGACGUGCAGCGAUACAACGUCCUGAAGGAGGUAGGAAGAAGAAUGGGACUGGAAACAAACAGAAUUUCAUCGCUAUGGAAAGACCGAGCUGUUGUAGAGAUAAACGUAGCUGUGCUUCAUAGCUUCCAACAAAGGAACGUGACCAUCAUGGAUCACCACUCGGCUGCCGAGUCCUUCAUGAAGUACAUGCAGAGCGAGUAUCGCCUGCGGGGAGGCUGCCCGGCCGACUGGGUGUGGAUUGUUCCCCCUAUAUCAGGGAGCAUAACUCCCGUGUUCCACCAGGAGAUGUUGAACUAUGUCCUCACUCCCUUCUAUUACUACCAGGUGGAUGCAUGGAAAACACAUGUCUGGCAUGAUGAGACCCGGAGGCCGAAGAAAAAAGAAAUAAAAUUUAGCAUCUUGGCAAAAGCUGUACUCUUUGCAUCUUCACUCAUGCGACGAGUGAUGGCAGCCAGGGCCAAGGUCACUGUAAUCUAUGCGACGGAGACUGGGAAAUCAGAAACACUGGCCAACAAUCUGCGCAACUUGUUCAACUGCGCCUUCAACACUGAGAUUCUGCGCAUGGAUGAGUACAAAGUUGGCAACCUGGAAAAGGAAACGCUUCUUUUAGUGGUUACUAGCACUUUUGGAAAUGGAGAUUCUCCAAAUAAUGGGAAGACCUUGAAGAACUCCUUGCUCACCCUGAAAUCACUGAAAAGUAAAAUUAGAUACGCCGUGUUUGGUUUGGGGUCCAGCGUGUAUCCAGAGUUCUGUGCCUUUGCUCACACCAUUGACCAAAAACUGGCCCAACUCGGGGCUUCUCAGCUCACCCCAGUAGGGGAAGGAGAUGAACUCAGUGGGCAAGAAGAAGCCUUUUGCACGUGGGCUGUCACUGCAUUCAAGACUGCCUGUGACGUUUUUAACAUCCAUGGGAAAGCCAGUAUUCAGUUGCCUGAGAUGUACACCUCUGAUGAAAGCUGGGAUCCUGAGAAUUACCGGAUAGUGCCCGACUCUCAAACCAUGGACUUGGCCAAAGCACUUGGAAACAUUCACGCAAAGGAUGUGAUUCCCAUGAGGCUGAAAUUCAGACAGAAUCUUCAAAGUUUAAAAUCCAGUCACGUUACCAUCCUGGUUAAGCUUUCCUGUGAGACCAGUCAGGAAGUGCGCUACCUGCCCGGAGAACACAUCGGGAUUUGCCCAGGCAACCAGCCAGAAUUAGUCUGUGGCCUCAUUGCGCACGUGAAGGAUGCCCCUCCAGCUGGGCAGGCCAUCAGACUCGAAACCUGCACCAGUGGUGGCUACUGGAAAAGUGACAAAAAGAUUCCAGUCUGCACGCUCUCCGAGGCUUUGACAUACUUCCUUGAUAUCACUACUCCACCGUCCCAACAACUGCUAAAAAAACUCUUGCCGCUGGUGACAGCGGAAGGAGACAAACAGAGACUGGCAGCUUUAUGUCAGAGCACAGAAGAAUACAAUAAAUGGAAGUUUUACAACAGCCCGAACAUCCUGGAGGUCCUGGAGGAGUUUCCUUCUGCUGAGGUCUCAACGUCUUUCUUACUGACCCAGCUGCCGCCCCUGAAACCCCGGUACUACUCUGUCAGCUCCUCCUGUGACGUGACGCCUGGAGAGAUCCAUCUGACGGUUGCAGUUGUCAACUACAGGACAAGAGACGGACAAGGGCCUUUGCACCACGGAGUCUGCAGCACGUGGCUGAACACAAUAGCUCUCAACGAGACAGUUCCAUGCUUUGUGCGCAGGGCUGAUGAAUUCCGGCUCCCAAAGGAGCCAGCCAAGCCUUGCAUUCUGAUCGGCCCAGGAACAGGAAUUGCUCCUUUCAGAAGUUUCUGGCUGCAGCGUCUGUAUGACCUGGAGAAGAAAGGGAUCAAAGGUGGGGACAUGACGUUACUGUUCGGCUGCCGGCAGCCGGACACGGAUCACAUCUACAGAGAAGAGACUGAGGAAAUGAAGAGGAAGGGAGUCCUGAAAGAAGUGUACACAGCGUACUCCAGGCAGCCUGGCCAGGCUAAAGUCUAUGUUCAAGACAUUCUUCAAAGCAAGUUGGAGACCGAAGUGUGCAACCUCCUGCAUAAGGAGGAGGGGCAUCUGUACGUCUGCGGAAACGUGCACAUGGCCAGGGACGUGGCUCAGGCGCUGAAGCGGAUGCUUGCGAGAAACCUGAACCUCAGCGAGCAGCAGGCAGAGGAGUAUUUCCUGCAGCUCAAGAGCCAAAAGCGAUACCAUGAAGACAUAUUUGGGGCUGUAUUCCCACAGGAAGCCAAGAGGGGUGUCAGAGCUUCGCAACCCACCAUGCCAAGAACGAGUUGCCUCGGGCUUUAG